AUGGGGCAUGGCUCAGAUUCAACCAUGCUAGGGAAAGCAUUCUUUCGCUACCGAGGUCUCAUGAUCCGUUCCUUAAAUGACGAUAUCAGUAUUCAAGACAAACGCAGUGACGAUGUCGUUCUGGCCGGAAUUCUUACAUUGAUGCUAGCGGAUGCUCAGCAAGGCAUCUCGCAGCAUUGGCGGUAUCACAUCGAAGGGGUCCGAAGGCUGAUCAUUCUGCGCGGUGGCGUGCGCCGGCUAGUCGCAACAUCCCCCGGGGUACUGCCAAUAGUUCUUUCAUUCAUCUACAUCGUGGUAACGGCCGAUACCACAUCUCCGGCAUCUGAUAUGUUGGUCGAGGGCUUGGACAUCGACGAAUUAUAUGAGAUAGUCAAGAAAUACGGAGGCAAUGGAUAUGGGUUUCAGAUGUGCCCCGCCCCACUCUUCGCCGAAAUAAUCCAGAUCAAUCAUGUUCGGUCCCAAAUCCCGAAGCUCAAUUGCGGGAAUGAAGAUGAACUUCGGACAGAUGCGUACGAGAUCCUGCGCCGCAUCUAUCAUUUUUCACCAGAUGCAUGGAUGGCGUCAAAUGAAUAUCUUACCGAUGAACGAAGAUUGGUGAUAAACAUCUAUCAAAGUGCAGUUGCGUUAUACUGCAUGUCUUCUCUUCAUAUACUGCUAUAUCUACCAUCAGACUCGUUGUUGAGGAAGAAUUCUGAUAUGGAAAGACGGAUUCUACACGAACUGCUCGAGAAAGCAUUGAGAUCAAGGCCUCGUGGGUAUAUUUUCUGGCCCCUGGUAGUCCUUGGUGUCCGAUCAGUGGAUGGGAGUCCUGCUCUGCGUGGAUUUGUUUGUGAGAAGAUGAUCGAUCUGAGUGCUUUCUUUGGCACAUAUUCCCCAAUCGCAGCUAAGGAAGUCCUUGAGCGAUUCUGGGCUUCUGGAAAGACCAAUUGGGAUGCUUGCUUCGAUGAAGCUCACAUGUUUACGACAGUGAUCACUGUCAAUCGAGGUCAAUUGUCCAGCAGACCAUCUUGA